CUCAGUUGACGUUCGCCAUCCAAGCGUUACGGUUACGCGACUACCUUACCGACCGUACUCUACAUGUGCCCGAAGAGCACGCGGUAUAACGUGGGUUCCUAGAUACCAUAUGAGAUACUCGUGCAGCCACUUAUUAAAGUAUCGUACUGUACGAUUAACUAAAAUUACAAUUGUUUAUCAAAUUUAUCCUCACGUUAUCCGAGUUGUGGUUAACUGAGCUGCUGUGCUUCCAGCCGAUCGAAAUACAUAUAUACGUGUAUACUGGUAACGUACGUAGCGCGCGUCGAUCCUCCCGAAAAUAGUUCGCCGGAAAGUGAAAGUUGCGCAAAUCGUUUUGCCCGGCUUGUACCUAUAUAUCGUCAGUUUGAGUAUAGUUCUUGGUGGACACUGUGGCGGGAGUUAUAAUAUAUAUAUAUAUAUAUAUAUAUAAUUUUUAAUUAUACAAAUGAUCGUUAACAAUCUUUUUACAUACUGAAGGAACAUAUACGGAUUAGAUCCAGAUCAGUGUCAAGCGGGUAACGUCAAACGUCAAACGCGAAAGAAAGUUCCCUUGGGUUGCGCGUCGCGUCUCCUUUGCAUAUAUCUGGGUAAGGCCGUCACGAGCGAGUACGCGAGUACUAACACCUAAGGAGAGUGAGAGCGCGCCAAGUCAAACACCUACGUGGCUCGUGUUUAUACGUGGUCGAUCCUAGGAGAGCCUCAAAUGCCAAGAUAUUACCCGCCAAAGGUUCUUUCGCUGUGGGGUCAGCAUCUUACGGAAUCCGUAACGUAUCCCUGUAUAUGGCUGUAACGGAUCAUAGAGUGUUGUAAACAGAAGAGUCUCAACGGCCAAGAUCGUACGGCGGUUGUAGUCUGGAGUUUGGAUCGAAGGUCUGUCCAGUCAUGUGGCACCAGAAGGAACAAGGAGACAAGUUUGAGACCACGAUAAUCUGACGAUCGUCAAGAUUUGCAAUCUUGUAGUAAGGCGUUACGGAGUUACUUUUCUGGUUGUUGCUGUUGCUGCUGGGUGCCAUUCACCAGCUAGUUAUUUAAAAAGCAACGCUCACUUUGGAUAUACACCUUUGCUUCGGACCAGCCACGUGGCCGUCAUUAUGACCGUCUUCGUCAUUCCUAUCGACGUAUGCCGAGUCGGCCAGUCUGCUGAUUCAAGAUCAUUACCGUGCUGGGGACCAUUUUGAGAUCGCUGGGCAACUUUUUGAAGGUGGCCAUCGAUCUGUAGAGCGAGGACGCGAUUAACCAGCGUGAAAGAUUACGAAGUGGCGCGUCGCUAUGAAGUGAGAUCAUCUUCCUUGUGUAUAGAGGAUGCUCUGAGUCUGCGGAUUUUUUUUUAUCAGCAUUUUUUCCUUUCUCCCGAGGGAAACAGAGAGAGAGAGAGAGAGAGAGAGAGAGAGAGAGAGAGAGAGAGAGAGAUAGAGUGAACCUUAGGACGUAAGAUAAUAAUUUUUUUUCAACUUUUCAUAUAUUUAUACAAAGUGAUUUUGACUUUUACGGUGCAUCGAAGGAACGUGUCUGUUUCUAAGGGGUUGUAGAGUUUUAAAAAAGAUGUCACUAGUGAACUUUACCCUACCGUAUCAAACGGCUUCGCCGUCCCCAUUUUUGUUCAAUGGUGCGGGAGGACAUUCGACUGUCAAUAAUCUUCGAUUAAACGCUGUACUACCGCCGCCACCAGCACCCAGUUACAACGACGAGGAGCCUUUUCAAAAUGAGCCAUACAUACCACCUCCACAGUAUGAGCAACGUCAUCAACAACAACAGCAACAGCAACAAGAACGUCAUCGUCAACAUGCCCAACAAAGGAGCCGGGAGCAACAUCAGAUUUUACAACAGCAUCCAGGACAUGGUGCAGCCUCCCUGUCUACUCAGGAUGCACGAUACGCUAAUUACAAUCAGGACUUUAGGAGGACCCAGCCCAGACAGCAGCAACAACAACAAACGAGACCACCACCGCCCCCUCAAGCUCCUCUGCCCGUUCCUCAAGAACAACAGCAGAGGAUCCACCCUCAUCAUUCUCAGGAGGCUCUACCGUCUCAAGCCAGAGAACAACCCAGUGAAAACUACCCGGACAGGCCCAAUGGGUACACAAGAGUCAACAGCGAAGCGUAUCCAGGACCCGAUGCCAAAACCUCGGUCCACGCUGUCCUAGAUUACGAUGACGAUUUCGAUGACUAUUACGACGACGAGGAUCAAGACUUUCCCAGUAACGCUCACGUGACGCCGAUCCAGGGACCAAUAUUUUUGAAAAAUGGUUCGGUACCGGUGGUACCGCUCUAUUCCUAUCCUCAGCUUAACAACGGGACCUUCGUACAGAUUCCUAUCUUAUGGACGGCCUUGUCCGUAGCAUUAGGCGUCGAGUUACGAGGAGAUCUUGUGAGAGGUUCGCCAUGUAUCAAAAGAUAUCAUCAACUGUUCUGUCCAACAGCUGGAAAUACUUACCCCAUAGACAGAAUAGAGCGCUUCAUAGACGAGAACAAGGCUCUUAUGAAGAGGAUGUACGGUGAUUUUGAAAUGAGCACAGAGUACGGUCCGCCAACGAGAGAACCGGCAGGACAUCGCCGGAAGAGGUCCUCCGCGGCGCACGAUCUGCCCGACGGAGGACCAAAUAUCGACAACGAUAAGAAGCUAGAUCCGGAAAUGGAUGCUGAUGGAGACUCCUUCUUCAGCAAGGCUAGAAACACGAGGCAGUCCUUCGGGAACAAUAAAAGCAGCGAAAGCGGCAGAAUCGACGCAUGCGAAUCAAAGGUAGAAAUAGUGACGCCCUACUGGGCGAGUAACAGCGCCGGUAAGAUCCGCGCGAUUGUCAACACACAACAUUUUGAGCAAGCCAUUCACCAGGAAGUAUGCUCAAAAACCCGGACCAACAGAUGUAGCGGCGAUUGUGGCUGCGAGCAGAAAUACAAAUGGCACAGAUUACUCGCCUAUGAUCCUGACAACGACUGCAAAGGCAUCUUCAUGGAUUGGUUCCUCUUUCCAUCGUGCUGCGUGUGCAGAUGCGAUCCCACCAAUAAAUUCCCACCGUCCAAUACACGGAACUGAUCUAGUGGAUAGCAGCAGCAUCGGAUUCGCAAGGAACGGACUUUGUCGGGAGACGAAGUGAUCCAGUGAUAUCUCUUCGUGACGAUUUUCGUUCCACUUAUAAUCAAGACUCGUUCAUUCGUUUCCUUAACGACGAAGCGGAAUCUGAUCGACAUUCCUAGUAGAUUAGAAAUCGAGCUAGAAGGAAUACCAGGAGUCCCUCGCGACUUCUAUAAGGCUUUCCGGUUAGUGCGCCCCCACUAUUUAUCCUCGCGAACCUUCUAGAGAAUUGUAAUGGAAGUGACAGACGGCGGCCAUCGUGAACAAUAUAUAAAUAAUGAUGAAUUAGUGCGGCUGCCGUCUUCGAUUAUAGCCAAAUAAAACUCGUGUGCCUCCCUGUAGGUAAAGUAGGUCUAUCGUGCCUAUUAAAUAAUGUAUUAUCAAAAAAAAAGUGUUGUUUCAGUUAAAAUUAAGAAAAAAUUAUCGAGAUUGAGAAACAAAGAAAACUUGAUGAGCAAUUGAGAGGGAGAGAGAUAGAGUAAAUGAGAGAAGCGUGCGAAGUACCUACUGUGUUGACAUUUUUUGAAUGACUGAGCGCAUCCUGCAUGAUCUUCCAUUGCUUGUCGUUCUAGCGACAAAACUUUCUCAAGUUAUUUAAGUUAAACUUAAGUACUCGUGCUAAGGUAUACACUCACAACGUAACUUAAGACUCCUCUCGGAUAAGAAGCCUGGAUGCUGUUAGGUCCAUUUAUCACCUAAGAAUCAAGCGGCUACUAUAAGGAGACAUUUUGUUCAUUAUUGUGUAACCAAGGUCAUUACGAGGUUGCCUGACCAUCCAUGGAAAGUGCUCUUCCUAUAUUUAUUCCAAGUGUAACCAUUAUUAUGUUUCUUAAUACGACAAGAAAUGGCAACAAUGGACUUGCACUUUUCAAACGAUUAGUAAAUUUCAUGGCACGCGCAUUGUACAUUAAUCGGGCACGAACUUUUCAUGUGGAACCUUGAUAUGACGUUGAAUUUCAUCAACAGGACAAUAUCCAAAUUUCGUAUCCGCGAGAACCUUUACUAUUACGUUAGUUAUGGUAAUUGAAAAUAUCUGUACGUACGCUCCGAUUUCUAAUUAAUAAAAAAAAAUAUUACAAACAUAAA